CAACUUGAAGAAAUCAUGGAUUUAUUCGAUAAUUCGGAUGAAAAUGAAAUAUUUGAUGAUGGAGAAAAAUUGGAGCUAUCAAAUGAUGCAGUAGAAAAAAACCAAGAAGAAAAUGAUAAUGAUGAUGCACAGGAAGAAGAAAAGAAAGUAGUUAAACCUAAAAGGGUUACUAAAAAUCCCAGAGUAGUACUUAAUGCAGAACUUUUGAAAGGUCCCAAGGGAUUAGGAAAUCUUGAAAGAUGUUUUGAACGAGUACAAUUUAAAGGAAAAGGCUAUGAAGAGCAAGAUUUGAAUGUGUUGUUGAAAACAUACGAAUAUUGGUGCCAUCGACUCUUUCCUAAGUUUCCUUUCAAAGAUUGUAUUGAUAAAAUUGAGAAAUUAGGUUCCAAAGGACCAAUACAGACUUAUUUGAAAAAGGCAAGGUCUGGAUUGGAAGAUGAAGAGUUCGAAACACCUGAUGUAUUGCCAGAUUUCAAAUCGGAUGAAGAGAAUGAACCUGGGUCAUCAAAUGCCUUUCAGUUUUCCAGUCAAACUUCUAUAGCUGAUAUACCGAUUGAGCUCACUGAAGAGCAACUAGAGACUAUCAGAAGAAAUAGGGAAAAAGCAGAAAAAUUAAGACAAGAAAGACUUCGACGAAUACAGGAAAAAGCAUCAGUAAAUUUACCCGAGAAGCAUCAGAUAAAUCAAGCCUCCACAUCUGCUACCACAAUAUCAAGUAUUGAAGUUAAUGGGGAAAAUUGUCUUAGCAAUGAUCAAUUUGGAAGCAACGCUAACGAUGAUAAAUUUGAUGCAGAAGACUGUCAUAACAUUAAAUUACAGGGUGGUCAAGUGGCAGAUAAUCCUGAAGAGAAAAAUGUGGACAGUGAUAGUGAUGGUGAAAUACAAUGUUUGAAAAAACAGUCUAAAAAGAUUUUUGAUGAGGAUGAGGAAGAAGAAAUAAUAACUGAUACUGAACGAGUAAAUGAAGGGGACCAAUCAUCAAAUUUAGCCAAAAGUGAUGAUGAAAUGGAAGUAGAUCAGUAAAUAUUUUCAUCAUCAAACAUUCCGAACAAAUUGAUUAUCAUCUAUGGGUACGGUGAAGUUUUAUUUUUUUCAGUGGUACAAAGUUGUAAUAUGUUUGUCAUAAAAAGAGAUAUUCUGAAUAAAUAUUUAUUGUUUUUUA